UAACAUUUUAGUGAGGUUAGGAUCGAAAAUUUGGCUUGUAAUGCCGAUGACUGACCAUUCUUAGGCGCCUAACGUCGGCGCUCAGAUCAGUCUUGUUUUGUCUCAGUUAGCGAAACUCACAAAUUAUACAUUAAAAUGCCUGAUCAUCUCGGGGACGAUAUGCGCAAAUUGCGGACGGAUGAGCGUGAACUGGAGAAAGAUAUCAAAUCUCUGGAUGAAGGGGAUAUUCAUUUACUAAAAACAUACGGCCAAGGACAAUAUACAAAACCAAUCAAAGGUGUUGAAGAUGACAUUCAGGUUAUAAUCAAGCGAGUGAAUGAACUGACAGGUAUUAAAGAAUCAGAUACUGGCUUGGCAGCACCAGCACUAUGGGAUUUGGCGUCAGAUAAGCAAACAUUGCAGAAUGAACAGCCACUGCAGGUGGCAAGAUGUACCAAAAUCAUUAAUGCUGACACUGAUGAUCCCAAAUACAUCAUCAAUGUCAAACAAUUUGCUAAAUUCGUGGUGGAUUUGGCUGAUUCUGUUGCGCCAACCGAUAUUGAAGAGGGAAUGCGCGUCGGUGUGGACAGGAAUAAAUAUCAAAUCCAUAUUCCUCUGCCACCGAAAAUCGAUCCGACUGUGACAAUGAUGCAGGUUGAAGAGAAACCAGAUGUCACCUACAGUGAUGUGGGUGGGUGCAAGGAACAAAUUGAGAAGCUGAGAGAGGUAGUGGAGACUCCCCUGCUACAUCCUGAGAAAUUCGUCAAGUUGGGCAUUGAACCACCCAAGGGUGUCCUGCUCUUCGGCCCUCCUGGUACUGGUAAAACUUUAUGCGCACGAGCUGUUGCCAACCGUACGGAUGCAUGCUUCAUUCGUGUUAUCGGCUCCGAGCUGGUGCAGAAAUACGUCGGCGAAGGUGCACGCAUGGUGCGUGAGCUAUUCGAGAUGGCACGCUCGAAGAAAGCAUGUCUUAUUUUCUUCGAUGAAAUCGACGCCAUUGGUGGCGCGCGCUUUGACGAUGGUGCAGGCGGCGACAACGAAGUCCAACGUACUAUGCUGGAGCUAAUCAACCAACUGGACGGUUUUGAUCCACGUGGCAACAUCAAGGUCCUAAUGGCGACCAAUCGCCCCGAUACUCUUGACCCUGCUCUGAUGCGGCCUGGUCGUCUUGAUCGUAAGGUAGAGUUUGGUUUGCCCGAUCUAGAGGGUCGCUCACACAUCUUCAAGAUCCACGCGCGUUCCAUGAGCGUCGAGCGUGACAUUCGUUUCGAGCUGCUCGCGCGUCUCUGCCCGAACUCCACCGGUGCUGAGAUUCGUUCGGUGUGCACCGAAGCGGGCAUGUUCGCCAUUAGGGCGCGCAGGAAAGUCGCCACCGAGAAAGACUUCCUGGAAGCCGUCAACAAGGUCAUCAAGUCGUAUGCGAAGUUCUCCGCUACGCCGAGAUACAUGACUUACAACUAAAUUAACUAACAUUUAAUUCAUGUAGGGAUCUUUGAAAUUACAGCUAAGACGUUUUGGGAUCCAGUUUAUAAUUUUAUGUAGUACACAUUACACACUACAUCUCUUUCGUUUACUUCAUAUAAUCAUGGUUCGUAAUAAUCGUGUGAAAUUUUUAAGAUGUUUAUCCUUGAUCCUAAUCAAUUCUUUUUUUUUAUUUGUGUUUGUGUGUAAAUAAAUUGUACAUCCACUUUUAUUAA